GAUUCUAUACUCUCCACCAUCUCUCACCUCUUCCUCCACUCCCUCGCUCUCUCCGCCUGGAAAACCACCGGCUCUUCCACCUGGCCUCUCCGCGUCAACCCCAGCAGCGGUAACUUGCACCCCACGGAAGCUUACCUCAUCUCCCCUCCCGUCCCUUCGCUCUCUUCCCUCCCUUUCGUCGCUCACUACGCUCCAAAGGAGCAUUCUUUGGAGGUCAGAGCCCACAUCCCUUCCACCUUCUUCCCUGAGCUCUUCCCGGAGAACUCUUUCCUCAUCGGUGUCACUUCCAUCUUCUGGCGUGAGGCUUGGAAGUACGGAGAACGUGCGUUUCGGUACUGUAACCACGACGUGGGUCACGCCAUCGCUGCUCUCUCUGUUGCAGCUGGAGAGCUGGGAUGGGAGUUGAAGCUUCUUGAUGGAUUAGGAAGUGAUGAUCUUGAAGUGCUGAUGUGUCUCACUAAAGGCAAGUUCUUAGAGAUUGAGUCUGAACAUCCUGAUUGCUUGCUUCUUGUUUUCCCCAAGGGAGAAGCUAGAGAUGUUGUUAACAUAGACUACAAAGGAAUAAGCUCUGCUAUUAGAGAAGGUUUCACUACUCUUGAGUGGAAAGGAUCUCCUAACGUCCUGAGUAAAGAGCAUUUGUGUUGGGACAUCAUCUACAAGACAGCUGAAGCAGUUAAGAAGCCUUCACUGAUCUCAAACUCAUCUUCAAUAGAUGCUUCUUCUUUUAGAGGGAGUGGUGUGUUUAGCAGCAAGAGUUUGUAUAAGGAGUUAACAGUGAGUCAAGUUGUGAGGAUGAGAAGAAGCGCGGUUGAUAUGGACGGUGUUACUUUCAUAGACAAGUCUGUGUUCUACCAGAUGUUGAUGCAUUGUCUUCCUUCUGGUUCCACUAAUGGAGAGCCGCAAAGAGAGCAGCUUGCAUUGCCCUUUCGAGCUCUUCCUUGGGACUGUGCUGAGGUUCAUCUUGCUCUGUUUGUGCACAGAGUUUCCGGUUUGCCCAAGGGUUUGUAUUUUCUAGUCAGAAACGAGGAUCAUCUCGGUGAUCUCAAGAGAGCUAUGAGGUCUGAGUUUGAGUGGAAGAGACCAGAUGGAUGUCCUGAUGAUCUUCCUCUGUACAUGCUUGCCGAGGGUGAUUGCCAAAGGCUGGCAAAAGGGCUAUCAUGUCAUCAGGACAUUGCAGGGGAUGGGUGUUUCAGCCUAGGGAUGGUGGCUCGGUUUGAAGCGGUGAUGAGGGAGAAGGGGUCAUGGAUGUACCCUCGGCUGUUUUGGGAGACGGGUGUUGUUGGGCAAGUUUUGUACCUGGAAGCACAUGCAAUGGGGAUCUCAGCAACUGGGAUAGGAUGUUAUUUUGAUGAUCCGGUUCACGAGGUUCUUGGGAUUAAGGACUCAAGCUUUCAGAGUCUGUAUCAUUUUACUGUGGGAGGUCCGGUUUUAGAUAAGCGGAUCAUGACUCUUCCUGCUUAUCCUGGUCCCACCAGUGAUGUCUAAGUCUUUGUUGAGUCUGUAAACAGAUCUUAUUUUAGUGAUUUAUAAGUGUAUUGAAAGAUACAACUUACUGGAUAAGAGAAUUUUGUAUUUCAGCACGAGAUUCUUUGCUUAGUGUGAUAUGAGAUAUGAGUAAACGUUUUAACAAGUUCA